AUGUCAAAAUCAACAUGUCAUUCACAUUUAUCAUCAACACCUACAACACCUGAUUUAGAUAUAAAUAAUAUUCAAUUACAAAAUUUAAUAGAUUUUCGUAAUCAAAUAAAUACGAAUGAUAAACGUUCAAAUAAUAUUAAUUAUGUUCGACAUGUAUUACGAAAAUUUUUUAGUGGUUAUAUUAAAAAAUCUACAUCAAUAAAUUCAACAGUAUCUGAUGAAAAUCUUACUGAUCAAAUAUUAACAAUAAAUAAUAUUAAUGAUAAUUUAAUAUCACCAAUAUUAAUUCAUUCAUGUUUACAAUUUCAUAAACAUGAAAAAUUUUCUGGUGAAUUAUUACUUGAUUGGUUUUUAAUUCAUUUUGAAAAUCGUUAUGAAGAUUUAACAUUAAUUAAACAAGUAAUUUUACAAUGUUGUACAUGUCUACUUGGUCUUAAUGUACUUAAAAUAGAAAAUAAUCAAGAUAAUGAUUUAUUUCAAGCACAAAAUUUAUAUUCAUGGACAAAUAAUAAUUUAGAAAAUGAAGAUACAGAUAUUAGAUUAUCAUCAUCAACAAUCACCAAUGAUUUUAAUCAUCAUCUGAUUGAAAGUAAAGAAUAUAAAUAUAAACCAUCGACAGCUACAACCAUUUUGGACAUUCUUAGAACUGAAUAUAAUUUCCAUUCGGAUGUCCAACAAAUAGAAACCAAUUCUGUAUCGAUACAAGUUGAUCUUAUAGAUAAUAUAAGAACAAUUGACAAAUCCAUACAAACAGAUUCAACUAUUAUUUCUUCUAAUGAGACAUGUUUUAUUCUUAAUUUCGAUCAAAUGUCAUCAUUUAUUGUAACAAAAACUGAUUCGAAUAGUAAACCAUCAUCACCAAUAUUGCAUCGUAUUGAUAAGAAUACUGUUCGACAAGCUAUGCAAAAAUUAUUUUUACAUGAUAAUUUAAACGAUCCAUUAUCGCCCGGUGUUGAUGACGACGUUCAUUCACCUAUUUCAUCUUCAAAUUCAUUUAAAAAUAACCAUGCAAAAUUUUCAAGUGAAUUAUUAUUGGAAUGGAUAACACUUAAUUCUGACACAAGAAAUCCUAAUUCACAAGCAUUAGUAGAACAAGUUCAAUCGUGUUUACAUCCAAAUAGUAACAUCAAUUCAAAUCAUAAUGAUCCGAAGAAAAUAUUAACUUCACCUAUAUCAACAAAUGAAACUAAAUCACAAUUAUCAUAUGUUAACAAACCAUUUACAUUAUUUCCAUCAUCUUCUUUUACAUUUGAUCGUAAUAUUAAUGAUGAUAUACGCUCACUUCUAUCAGAUCUUAUUAUCGAAAUUGAGAGAAAAUCAACAGAAGCAUCAUCAUUUAUAUCAAGUGUACCACUCCCACCUCCUCCACCACCAUUUAUUACUUCUGUCAUGCCACCACCACCACCACCGCUGCCAUCAAUAAUAGGUUCUAGUAUUCCUCCGCCUCCACCUCCGAUGAUGCCAGGAUUUGGUGCUCCUCCACAAUUACCACAAUAUCUAUGUAAGAAACAAAAAUAUUCUGUUACGGAACCAAUUAAAAAAGUUCAAUGGAGCAAAGUCAAUCCAUAUACAAUAAAAAAAGAAUCGAUUUGGGUCAAUGUUGAUGAAGCAAAAUAUGUUAAUGAUACACUUUUUUCUGAUAUACGAAAAAAUUUUGCAAGCAAAGUAGCUCCAAGUAGACAACCAAUCAAUGAUCUUGUUGAUAAAUCUAAAGAAUUACGUGUACUCGAUGCUAAAGCUGCACAAAAUUUUGCAAUCAUGUUUAGUCAAUUAAAAGUAUCACCAAUUGUAUUUCGUGAAUGGAUGCUUUCAUGUGAUAAUGAAAAUUUAAAAUAUGAUUUUCUUAAACAAUUAGAAAAAUAUUUACCAACAAGUGAAGAAUUAAAAACAUUAGCUGAUUAUAAAAAUGAAAAUAAUGAUUUACAAUAUUCUGAACAGUAUUUUUGUGCAAUCGGUGAUAUAAAACGAUUAAAACAACGUUUAAAAACAC